CUCAGUGUGCAACACUGACAGUUUCAAUAUGGCAGCCUCCUGUCGAGCUGGGUUUCGUAUUUUUCGUCUCUUUCGCGUGUCGUUCCUUCGCACAUUCAAUCAAACUGACCUCAAAAGAGCUUAUCCAUGCGUGCUAAAAUCACCAUUUGUGUUUGGACAUUGCCGCGGAAUCGUUCCAAGGACUGCUGUCCUGGCUGGUGUCUUAUCCUUCCUUGGGCUGGGUGACAGCAAAGAGGAGGACACACUGAUCGUUACAAUCAAGAUGGGCAUCCUGAACCUUCAGCAGCAGGAUUACAAGAAAGCAGAGUCUAUCCUUCACGUCGCCCUCAAGAUGGCGCAGGAACGCACGGACCCCCAGGCCGAAACUUACAUCUUUGAUAUCCUUGCCAAUGUCGCGUAUGAGAAGGGAGAGUACUUGAAGGCUGAGAAGCUGUUCAUAGACGUCAUGCAGCGAGCGAUUUCCUCGGGGACUCCCCGCGACGACAACUCGAUAGUCGAAAUGUCACUCAAGCUGGCGCAAAUUUACAGCCAAACGAACGAUAUUGAGAAAGCAGAACAAGGCUUUCAGUUUUGCAUCGACACGCAGCAGAAGAAGUUGGAGGGAAUAGACUAUGCGGACAGCGCUGUAAAGUUGACGGAGGCUGAAACAAACAACCUGGUUUUGUGGGCAAUGAGCAUGGAAGGCUACGGAAGAUACCUCCUCGAACAAACACGUUUCCAGAAGGCGCGCGAAUGCUUUGAGCAAGCACUGAAGGUCUCGGAGAAGGUGAACGGCCCGUCGCACGAAGUUACUCUUGCCUUACUCAAUGACAUAGGAGCGGUUGCUACGCUCCUUCAGGAUUACAAUACUGCCAUUGCAUUGCUUAGAGAGACUAUUGCCAGGGCACAGAGCGUCCAGUCCCCAGAGCUGGCGGCUUUCUAUUGCAAUCUUGGAGGCGUAUUCAUGGAGCAAGGCCAAGACUUGGAGGAGGCAAAAUGGGCAUGUACGAAAGCGUCGAAACUUGCGAAGAGCACGAAUCAUAGGGAAGCUGCGGCGAGGUCUCAGGAAUGCCUAGAGGAGCUGCGGAAGCAUGCUACCGUGUGAAAAGCGAAGACUUUUAGCUGUUGCAUGGCGUGUGCUGCAGCAUUUUUCGAGCUUUCAAACGAAAAAGCAGUAUUUAGUGAUUGAACAAGCAAAAACGCUGCAUUUGGAGAAGUCAUCACAUCGGGAAAUGCAAAAGUUAAAGUAGCCCAAUAGCAAUAUAGGUAAUGUUGAUAUUUUAGGUUUACCUUUAAUAGCAUACAAUGUGUGAUGUCAGUGUUUGACAUAGUAUUUCGUUGUCUAGCAAGUUGCCUUUGUGGACUUUACAGCAUAGGAGUGCCUGUUUUGUAGGCUUCAAAAUAUUAAGUUGUGCACUUAUAAAAAAAAUUCAGCUUGCUUAAUCUAUUUAGACCAGGAUCUCAGCAAGUCGUUUCUCGCUUACUAGAUGCCAUGACUGGAAUGCUGACGCCAAAUAAUAUGCCAAUGCCAUAUUGGCAAAGCAUGACACUAUAAUUGGGCACAAUCCCUGCAUUAAGGCACUUAAACACUUCUGCAUUUGACUGUG